AUGCCCACGGGGAAAGAUCGCUCGCUGCUGUAUGGCUGCUAUUUGCUGCAAUCUGCGCGCAACGAGCGGAGGACCUACAUCGGGUUUACGACGGAUCCGAAGAGACGGCUUCGUCAGCACAAUGGCGAAAUCAAGGGUGGCGCCUGCAAGACGCAUAAAUGGAAGCCGUGGAGGAUGGUUCUUUGCGUAUGGGGCUUCCCUGGCAAAAUCUUGGCCCUCCAGUUUGAGUAUGCCUGGCAGCAUCCGUCGCUCUCUCGCCAUGUGAAGGAGAAGGUCGCACACUUGGCGUUCUGCAAGCUUGCGGGGCAUGGGAAGCAGUGCCCUGUGGUAGGCGUCGACAAGAACGUCCGAGUGCUGCUGGAGAUGCUGCAGGCGGUUCCGUACUGUCGAAUGCCUUUGCGUGUACACGUUCUCGAAGAAGGUUUAUGGGCUAGCUUGGAGAGGAUGUUUGGCGCGAGCCUGCCCAACCACCUGACCCUGACCCACGGCAGCUUCGAGGAGCUGCUGCACUUGUGCAAGCAACGGCAGACGAUGGUGCUUCCUGCCGAACCCUCCGAGUGUGGAAGAUGCUCGGAGGCGCUCCGGCCGGGGGACCGAAUCGUCCAGUGUCCCCACUGCCAAGAACUGCUGCACCUGGCCUGUGCGGCGGUCCUCUUCACCGGCGCAGCGAGGAAGCUGAUGCCCGAUGAGCCGGCCUUCUGUUUGCAGUGCUCAAUGGGCAUGGACUGGCUGGUGCUGCUUCGCAACCAUCGGCUGGCGCGGAGUUCCGUGGAAGAGGAAGAGGAGGAGGAUGAAGCGGAUGACGGCGGAGAGUCUGAGGAGGAAGUGUCGGAAGUGCAGUUCCUAUCCCAAGGUGGAGAUUCAGAAUGCCAACUCUCACAAGAUAGCCUUUGUCAGACUCAGAUGAGCCAGGAUCCCCCGUCACCAGCAACUGGGCCUCUCCGCAAGCUUGAGCAGAAGACCUCCUCGGCCGCGUCUGAGGAGAUCGCGGCUGAAAAUUGUGCGCCAAAGUGCGGGCUGGAGACCGGCAACAAGUCAAACGGCUCCCGCGCCAGAAAGAGAGGUGGCCAUGGAUGCGCGGCACCAAAAAAAGCACCUCCACGUCAGCCAAGGAGGACAAAGAAAGCUCGGGGUGAUCCAGAGGCAAAGGCUUUACAAGCCACACCUGUCACACCUGUCACAAGCGAAGGCGAGCGCUGCCUUCCGGAUGUGUCGCCGAAGGCAGCUCGAAGCACGAGAAGCACGAGCGACAUGAGCCUACGGGAGAGGCUGGCGCAACGCACGGGGAGCUCUGCCUUCUGCAUUUGA